GUCACGGGGGUGGGGUCAUCGGUAGGUUUGGGAGGCCGCGCGCGGCGGGGCGGGGGCGGCUCGGGGGGAGGGGCCGGACAGGACAGGGAAGCGGCGGCGAGUUCGCGGCCGCGCGGCUCUAGCGAAGCCGCCGCGGGCCCCAUCUUCCGGCGGCCGCCGGAGUUUGUGGUGAUUGUUGCGGCCGCCGCCCCGGCUGCCAUCUCCUCCUCUUCCUCCUCCACUCCUCUCCUUCCUCCUCCUCCUCCUCCUCCUCCUGGGCCGGGCCGUUCCCCUCCCCGCGGCCGCCUCCUCCUGGGCUGGGCCCGCGGUGUCUCGUCCCCUCGCGGAGCCGCUCCUGCCGCCGCCGCCGCCUCCUCAUUCAUCCUCGUGCACCAUAGGCGGCACAGGCACCAAGAUGUCCAACCGAGUGGUCUGCCGGGAAGCCAGUCACGCCGGGAGCUGGUACACCGCCUCAGGACCGCAGCUGAAUGCCCAACUAGAAGGUUGGCUUUCACAAGUACAAUCUACAAAAAGACCUGCUAGAGCCAUUAUUGCACCCCGGAGAAUUUUCAUCCUUGGGCCUUCCCAUCAUGUGCCCCUCUCUCGAUGUGCACUUUCCAGUGUGGAUAUAUAUAGGACACCUCUGUAUGACCUCCGUAUUGACCAAAAGAUUUAUGGAGAGCUAUGGAAGACAGGAAUGUUUGAACGAAUGUCUCUGCAGACAGAUGAAGAUGAACACAGUAUUGAAAUGCAUUUGCCUUAUACAGCUAAAGCCAUGGAAAGCCAUAAGGAUGAGUUUACCAUUAUUCCUGUACUGGUUGGAGCUCUGAGUGAGUCAAAAGAACAGGAAUUCGGAAAACUCUUCAGUAAAUAUCUAGCGGAUCCUAGUAAUCUCUUUGUGGUUUCUUCUGAUUUCUGCCAUUGGGGUCAAAGGUUCCGUUACAGUUACUAUGAUGAAUCCCAGGGGGAGAUUUAUAGAUCCAUUGAACAUCUAGAUAAAAUGGGUAUGAGUAUUAUAGAACAAUUAGAUCCUGUAUCUUUUAGCAAUUAUUUGAAGAAAUACCAUAAUACUAUAUGUGGAAGACAUCCCAUUGGGGUGUUAUUAAAUGCUAUCACAGAACUCCAGAAGAAUGGAAUGAAUAUGAGCUUUUCUUUUUUGAAUUAUGCCCAGUCGAGCCAGUGUAGAAAUUGGCAAGACAGUUCAGUGAGUUAUGCAGCUGGAGCACUCACAGUCCACUGAAGCUCUGGAUCCUCAGGGAUGCCACCUGCACAGACUCGUACUCUGUUCAGGGUCCCAGCCUAGCCUUCAUCAAGAUGUUGGUUCUGGUUUGGGGGAUUCUGAAACCUCAGACUAAUAGAACUUCUCUUCUCUUCUUUUCUAGUAGGUGUAGUCCUUCUUAAUUUCAACUCAUUAAAAAAAUGCUUUAUAGUUUGGGGCAGUGGAAGGAAGGCUGGCAUCAAACAUUUUGAUUAAAAAAGAUGAAAAUGUAAAGAUCCAGUUGUUGCAGACAGUUUUUGAAAGUUACUUGUAAAGCAUUUACCAUAUCUUAAAAUUUGCACUCUUUGCAGACUUGUGCACAUAUAUUCCGCUUUCAGAAUAGUUUUGCAAAUUAUACAUAGACAAAAAAGGGUGGAAGCUUUUUUAUAAAGAAAUUGCAUUUAUAAAUGAUCUGUAUUAGAAUAUAAUAAAUCUCCAGUUAUAGACAAUUACUACCCAUGUUGUACAACAGAUACCUUCUAUUUUAGUUGCUAAUAAAGGGCUACACAACUCAAAAUAGUCUGAUUUAAA